CUCCGGGAGGCGGCGGCGGCGGAAGCGGCGAGGGCGGCGGGCGUCCGGCUCUGAGGAGGUAGAAGCAGCGGCGGCGGCUCGGAACUGGGCUCAGCUGGCUGGAGCAAGGGUCGGAGCGCCGGGCCGAGCGCCGAUCUCCCGGCUGGACCACCCGCCCGCCGCCCAGACGCCUGGGCCGCGGAGUUUGUGUCCCGGCUCGGACCCCGGCGCCCAGCCCGGAGCCGUAACCUUGAGGCGGCGGCGGCGGCGGGGCCGGGCCGGGCCGGGCCGGGGGGCGGCGGCGCUGGAUCCGCGGCUGCCGGAUCGUUGGCGGGAGAUGUCGAACCCUGGGACGCGCAGGAACGGCUCCAGCAUCAAGAUCCGUCUGACAGUAUUAUGUGCCAAGAACCUUGCAAAGAAAGACUUCUUCAGACUCCCUGACCCCUUUGCUAAGAUUGUUGUGGAUGGCUCUGGGCAGUGCCACUCAACCGACACUGUGAAAAACACAUUGGACCCAAAGUGGAACCAGCACUAUGAUCUAUACGUUGGGAAAACAGAUUCUAUAACCAUCAGCGUAUGGAACCACAAGAAAAUUCAUAAGAAACAGGGAGCUGGCUUCCUGGGUUGCGUGCGGCUGCUCUCCAAUGCCAUCAGCAGAUUAAAAGAUACUGGCUACCAGCGUUUGGAACUAUGCAAACUAAAUCCCUCAGAUACUGAUGCAGUUCGUGGCCAAAUAGUGGUCAGUUUACAGACACGAGACAGAAUAGGCACUGGAGGGUCGGUGGUGGACUGCAGAGGACUGUUAGAAAAUGAAGGAACCGUGUAUGAAGACUCGGGACCUGGGAGGCCGCUCAGCUGCUUCAUGGAGGAACCGGCCCCUUACUCGGAUGGUACUGGUGCUGCCGCAGGUGGAGGGAACUGCAGGUUUGCAGAGUCCCCAAGUCAAGACCAAAGGAUUCAGGCACAACGACUUAGAAAUCCAGAAGUCCGAGGUUCACUACAGACGCCCCAGAACCGUCCACAUGGCCACCAGUCACCAGAACUGCCUGAAGGCUAUGAACAGAGAACGACAGUGCAAGGACAAGUUUACUUUUUGCACACACAGACUGGAGUUAGCACAUGGCAUGACCCCCGGAUACCCAGAGACCUUAACAGUGUGAAUUGUGAUGAACUCGGACCACUGCCACCAGGUUGGGAAGUCAGAAGUACAGUUUCUGGGAGGAUAUAUUUUGUAGAUCAUAAUAACCGAACAACCCAGUUUACAGAUCCAAGGUUACACCACAUCAUGAAUCACCAGUGCCAACUAAAGGAGCCCAGCCAGCCACUGCCGCUGCCCAGUGAAGGCUCUGUGGAGGAUGAGGAGCUUCCUGCCCAGAGAUACGAAAGAGACCUAGUCCAGAAACUCAAAGUCCUCAGACACGAGCUGUCACUGCAGCAACCCCAGGCUGGCCAUUGUCGCAUUGAAGUUUCUAGAGAAGAAAUAUUUGAGGAGUCCUAUCGUCAGAUCAUGAAGAUGCGCCCCAAGGACCUGAAGAAGCGACUCAUGGUGAAGUUCCGUGGGGAGGAGGGCUUGGACUACGGUGGAGUGGCGCGGGAGUGGCUUUAUUUGUUGUGCCAUGAAAUGUUGAAUCCAUAUUAUGGACUCUUCCAGUAUUCGACGGACAAUAUUUACAUGUUGCAAAUCAACCCAGAUUCUUCAAUCAACCCUGACCAUCUGUCUUAUUUCCACUUUGUGGGUCGGAUCAUGGGUCUGGCUGUGUUCCAUGGACACUACAUAAAUGGGGGUUUCACAGUUCCCUUCUACAAGCAGCUUCUGGGGAAACCCAUCCAACUCUCUGACCUGGAGUCAGUGGACCCAGAACUGCACAAGAGCUUGGUGUGGAUUCUAGAGAACGACAUCACCCCCGUGCUGGACCACACCUUCUGCGUGGAGCAUAACGCUUUCGGGCGGAUUCUUCAGCACGAAUUGAAACCCAAUGGCAGAAACGUGCCGGUCACGGAGGAGAAUAAGAAGGAAUAUGUCCGGUUGUACGUGAACUGGAGGUUCAUGAGAGGGAUCGAGGCCCAGUUCUUGGCGCUCCAGAAGGGCUUUAACGAACUCAUCCCUCAGCACUUACUCAAGCCCUUUGACCAGAAGGAACUAGAGUUGAUAAUAGGAGGCCUGGAUAAGAUCGACCUGAACGACUGGAAGUCCAACACGCGGCUGAAGCACUGUGUGGCCGACAGCAAUAUCGUCCGCUGGUUCUGGCAGGCAGUGGAGACCUUCGAUGAGGAGAGGAGGGCCAGGCUGCUGCAGUUCGUGACUGGCUCCACGCGAGUCCCUCUCCAGGGCUUCAAGGCUCUGCAAGGUUCUACAGGCGCGGCAGGGCCCCGGCUGUUCACCAUCCACCUGAUCGACGCAAACACGGACAAUUUGCCCAAGGCCCACACUUGCUUUAACCGAAUCGAUAUCCCACCAUAUGAGUCCUAUGAAAAACUCUACGAGAAACUGCUGACCGCGGUGGAGGAGACCUGUGGGUUUGCCGUGGAGUGAAGAGCAUCCCGAGGCAGCAGAGUCUCGCUCAUGACCACCAGACCAAAAGCAUAUGGCUUCCGUGUGCCUCCUGCAAGGCUGGCUGAGGCCUGGAGUCCUGGACAACCUGAGGGAAAAGGCUUGUCCCCCUCCUUCUUGUUGGCAGAGGGAGGGGGCAGGGGACUUUCGUAGGUGGCUCUCACCAUAUAUCCCUCCUUUAUUAUCGUCCUCCCCCCCAUCACCCAUCCAAUAAAACAGCCAGGUUUUGCCCGUGCCUCGGUGACAUGGCGAAAGGCUCAUGGCCCUGUGCUCUUUACAAGAGCACUGACCCCAGCCGGGGGCUGGGCUGGGUCCAUGGAGGGUCUGCCUGGUAGUGCUACCAGCUUGUCCCUCUCACGCAGCCUCCAGGCCCCUUUCAAGUUCAGCAGUUGCCGGAUACCCAACCAGAGCUCAGAUCCCAAAUUUCACAUCCCAGCGGCCUGUUCUGCGUAGCAGAUCAUUUCCUACCUGAAAAAUAACUGUACAGUGUAUGCUUCUACGGAGUCUGUCAUGGCAGGAAACUUGAAUCGUUAUGUGUUUUCCUUUUGAAAGUAAAGGAAUCCGCGCAGUUUUCACUGAGGCCCAGGGUUUUAUUCAGGGUAUCCUGGCUGAAAAGUCUGUUUUGCACAGAGAAAAAAACUGUUUUUCCUUUCAAGAGUCCCUUUUGCUGCAUCCUCUAUCCUGUCUGAAAUUCUUUCUGGUGAAAACCCCUCAUAACAGAGCUUAGUAAAGAACAGACCAAAAUCAGCCUCAGAUCCAGCCACUGGGUUCGGAGCUGACUCCGUCCUGUGCCUGGUUGUGCGUGGAGAGGCGUCACUGUGUCUCCUGAAAUGUUAACAGACUUUCAUGUGGUAAUUGCUAAGAGCUAAACUAACAAAAGAAUCCUGUUACCAGAGCUGCUGGCCCGGUGCAGACUAGCUGAAAAUGGAGAGGGGACGGUGGCCUUGCUGGACCAGGGCCUCGGAGUUAGUGCCGUGCUGGGAGGAGGGCGUGGGUGUGUGCCUGUUCCGGCAGGUGGGUGCAACUCCACGCAAACUGGUUGGCCUUUUCCUCCGUGCCGUGGUGACACUAGCAAUUGCACUUGAUUCUCCUGCCCACGUGUCUCGACGUGAUGAACAAGGCCCAAGACAGCCCAGACUCGAGGCUUCCAACACCAUUUCCUAUUUGCACAAAAGUUCUAGCAGAGUUUGAUUUCAGCACUGUGGCCUCAUUUCAGAUGGCUCGGCUUCUGCGGAAGACAGCAGCAGCAGCCCAUUUUCCUAUGUGGCUCUGUGGCUGUUGCUCUGGUUUGUGGGGGGGCAGGGGCAAGUACAGGGUAAUUCAUUAGCAAGACAUUUCACUGCUGUUGAAGUGUGAGUUCAGCCCUGGGCUCCGGCUGUGGUCUGCGGUGGAGCAGGUUGGAGCUCGUGGGCACUCACUGUUCUGUUUCUGUUCCCCUUAGACUGGUGGGUGUGGAGGAAGGUGUAGCCCCCCACAGCCCAUCCUGAUUCCUUUGCUCAUCCUGGAAGCAGCCUGGUUCCAUGUGGGGAACAUGUGGACUUCUUAGGUCACAGACCCAUCCAUCCCAAGAGGUUUUCCCAGUUCCACAGCCGCACUUUGGCCUCCUGAUGUUCUGGGACAGAAAGGACACCGGGUGGGAUUCUCUGCAGAAGGGAAGUUGAAUCCGUGCAAACGUCCAGGCCAAUUUGUGGCCUUAGUCUCUUUCAAUUUUCUGCCUUGCCCCAAUAGGGCUCACCCUGUGUCUCAUUCACCCCAAUGCUUUUGAGGGCAUUUUAGAAACUGGUUCCAAGAUGACGCCAUCCCGUCUUCCCUUUCAGUAUCCCUCUGAACAGGGAAGUGAGACAACAGGCCCCCCCCCCAGAAAGACCUGAUCUGUGACCUGAGCCCAGAUUCUGGGAGGUGGACAGAUGUGCAGAGUUCAAGGGACACUCUAAAGGGAAGCAGGGUCUGUGGUGUGAGAACAUGCAGCAGGAACUUGGCCUUCGAACUACCUUCUUGCUGUUAGGAAGAGCAGGGGUGAUCCGUAGACACUGCAGCCCUGUGCCAUUCAAGUUGAUGUCCCUGUGGCCACCAUCCGGAGCUGCCCGAGUUCCUGUCCCCUGGGGCUUCUGUUUGGCUUUGCCACUUGCACGUGUGUGUGGGUUUGUCUCAGCCCUUGAUGCUAUCAUCAGCCACGUCAGACCUCCCAGAGCUCCGCUCUGUCCAAGCCUGUUGGUGGCAUUUGCCCUUCUAGAAUCGGAACUGUCUACCAUGGCCUGAUCCUCUGAACCACCCCAAAGGACAGUGUGACAAGCUCCUGGUUGCCCCACUUGGGGUCUGUGUGAAGCCCUUGUAUGUGUGACUCGUCUGUCAUCCCUCCCGGUGGUCCCAGGUGACCCACCUGUCCCCCCUUGCCUCUCGCCUCCUUGCCCAGAUGCUUCAGGGGCCCAACUUUCCAGGCUCGCCCUCACCAGCGGCCGUCAGCCGACACUCAGGGAUGUAGUGAACCACCACUCUGCAGCGCUGUGGGCAGGGGAGCGGGCAGCCGUGGGCAGCCUGGGGCGACAGGGCGACAGCAGGGCGCCCUCUUGAUUUCUGAAAGGAUAAUCUGCCACUAGAUCGAUUUUGACCCCUAAGCUGGCUCAGCUGAAUGGGCCAAAUUCAGGUGAGGUGGCCUCAACUCUGAGACGUCAGGAAUGGCCUUCUGCAGAGAACACGCCCCGACCCAGCCACCUGCAGCAGGUGUGUGCCACACGGCAGCCUUCCCGAACAUAGUAUGGAUUUUUAAAAUUUGUUUAUUUUUGUUUCUCAACCACUUUAUAAUGUAUUUUUUAAUUUAUUUUGUAAUGUCUUGUUUUUAAGUAUUGCUGCUAUCCUUGUUACUCUUCCCACUGUUUUUAUUGCUGAUUUAUUUUGUGAAAGUUGUACACUAAUGUUCUGUUUUAUGUCAAAAUCAAAAGUAUUUAAAAGAAAUACUAGUUCUAUUUAAUGUGGGUAUGGAACCAGCUGGAAGCAAACAGCGAUCACACAGCAGGCUGGCCCCGGGAGG